GCUAAGACCUGGAAACCGGAGAGAGAAAGGAGACGGACGAGCGGAGGUCUAGGACAGUCGGAGGCAGCCGGCCGAUACCCACCGGUGGCGCUGCUGGUCUUCCAGGGACGCCGGGCGGCCACCCCUCUACCGCUGGAUGCUGAGCCCGAUGAUGGGGGACCGCCAGACCCACGUCAACAGCCUCUUCCUGAACGAGGAGUCCUCGAAGCCUCUCGGGUCGGGCGGCCGGGUGCAGCGCCUCCGCCAUGCGCUGGAGAAGCGAGCGGGGCGCGCCAGGAAGCGCAUGUACACCCUCACCUGGGAAAGCACGCGGGCCUACCUCCAGAGGAACGCCUUCGUCCUGCUAACGGUCUCGGCCGUCCUCCUGGGGAUCACCCUGGCCUUGGCCCUCCGGCCCUACCGAAUGACCUACCGCCAGAUCAAGUACUUCUCCUUCCCUGGAGAGCUGCUAAUGCGAAUGCUCCAAAUGCUGGUUCUGCCUUUGAUCGUCUCCAGCCUCAUCACAGGCAUGGCAUCUCUGGACGGGACCACAUCGGGUAAGAUGGGCAUGCGUGCGGUCAUCUAUUACAUGACGACCACAAUCCUUGCCGUCUUCACUGGGAUUUUUAUGGUCCUCAUCAUCCACCCGGGAAAAGGGAGCAAAGAGAAACUCCACCGGGAAGGCAAGAUCGAACAAGUCCACACCACUGACGCCUUCAUGGACCUGAUCCGGAAUAUGUUCCCACCCAAUCUGGUAGAGGCCUGUUUCCGGCAGUAUAAGACCCAGUACAGCGUCCGGAUCAUCAACCAGACGCUCGAGAGGACCAGCACUCCCGCCGCUGCCCCACCGGUGCCCCAGCUCUUGAACCAUAGCGGGGGCGUCUGGAAUGCCACCCCGGGCCCGACGGCCCUCCUGCCGCUGGCGCUGCUAGAGAACGCCACGGCCAUCUGGCACAACGUCACCCAGGCGCUAAGCGGCCGGCUGGAGGUGCAGAGCUACGAGGAGGUCAUCCCGGGCCCCGGGUCGGUGAACGGGGUCAACGCCUUGGGCCUGGUGGUCUUCUCCAUCUGCUUCGGCCUGGUCAUCGGCAGCAUGAAGCAGAAAGGACAGGCCUUGCGGGAGUUUUUCGACUGCCUCAACGAAGCAAUCUUGCGGAUGGUGGCCAUCAUCAUCUGGUACGCUCCCGUCGGCAUCCUCUUCCUCAUCGCUGGCAAGAUCUUGGAGAUGGAGGACUUGGCGGUGAUGGGAGGGCAGCUGGGCAUGUACACCCUGACGGUAAUCGUCGGUCUGCUGAUCCACGGCCUCUGCGUUCUGCCACUCAUCUACUUCAUCAUCACGCACAAGAACCCCUGGGUGUUUGUGGCUGGCCUGCUGCAGGCGCUGGUCACAGCUAUGGGCACCUCUUCCAGUUCCGCCACGCUUCCCGUCACGUUCCGGUGCCUGGAAGAGAACAUCGGGGUGGACAAGAGGAUCACCCGGUUCGUCCUCCCCGUGGGGGCCACCAUCAACAUGGACGGGACGGCCCUCUACGAGGCCCUGGCUGCCAUCUUCAUCGCCCAGGUCAACAACUAUGAGCUGGACUUUGGACAGAUCAUCACAAUAAGCAUUACGGCCACCGCUGCCAGCAUCGGGGCAGCCGGCAUCCCACAAGCCGGGCUGGUGACGAUGGUGAUCGUGUUGACGUCGGUGGGGUUGCCGACCGAGGACAUCACAUUGAUCAUGGCUGUGGACUGGUUUCUGGACCGCCUCCGGACCACCAUCAACGUGUUAGGAGACUCUCUGGGUGCUGGCAUCGUGGAACACCUCUCCCGGCGAGAACUGGAGCUGCAGGACGCCGACCUCAGCAACUCGGUCCUUGAGGAGAACGAGAAGCCCUACCACCUCAUCUACCAGGAGAACGACACCCGCAAGCCGCUCAGCAGCGAGACCUCAAUGUGACGCCGAGGGAGGGGGGGAACGUGGCCGGGAUCCGACCCGUAGGAACGUUGUGACUGUGGAACGUGGAGAGGAGAGCCCGUGGCCCUCAGCCGAACCCCAUUCCUACAUGAAGGGGCGCCUUCAAAAAAACACACACGCACAACACAAAAGUUGGCCAGGGUGGUUUGGUGUUCAGAGCCGAGGGUUCAAUCCUGCCACAUCCUUCCUGCUCCUUCCCCACCGCUGGUAGUCCUCCUGCGCCCUAGAAGCGCCCCGUUUCCUUGCCAAGAAGAAGCUCUUUGUGCCGUUUUUUAAGGCAGAAUGAUUUCAUUCUUGUGCCAAUAUUUUUUUCCAUGUUGUGUUCGUGACCGUCGUGAACACUCUUUUCAGCACUUGAAACAAAGGAGAGGGAGAGAGAGAAAAAAAAGACAGACAAAGAGAGAGAGAGAGAGAGAGAAACACAGCCACAUUUUUUAAAAGGAUGUAAAAAGGAUGUUUUAUCGGUAUGGGGCUGGGAAAAAUGUUUAUUUAUGGAGAAAGUCCAUUAAAUGGAGAAUUAUA